GCAUGAGAAAAUGUGACUGCUGUAGAAUAAGGGCGGUCUUCAUGAAGUGGUGUUGGAUGAUGUUUCUUGCAUACACUACAAGUAGCUUUACUCUUGCAAUCCUUGGAGUUGUGUCCUUUCCUAAGACAGCCAAAGCACAGGUUAUUGUCUAAUAUGAACUUCCUUUUGUCCUCCACAGACUUACUGGCAAACGUUUGGCAUUUGUGGAUGGAGUGGCUUUCCCCACAAUACCUGCAAGUGAUUGAGUUUGAAACUGAAGGCACAGUGAUGACUUUGUCGGAUCGGUUUGAAUCCACUGAAUUGCUUACUCCAACACUAGUUGAUUGAAGACAAUGAGUGGAAAGAAGAAUAAUUCUGAUGAGAAAAAUCAUGCCGGAAGUGGAGAAAUGCAGCACACAUGUGAUCAGUGUGAUAAAACAUUUUUGUGUGCUUCAGUCCUGAAGAAACACCUGAGAGUUCAUACAAAAGAGAAACCACAUUCAUGUCAUUUGUGUGGAAAGAGUUUUUCAUUAAUACAAAGUUUAAAAGAACAUCAGAAAACACAUACUGAUGUGAGAGAGUACAUGUGCUUUAAGUGUGGGAAGACUUUUACUACAGCGGGCAGUUUAAAAACGCACCAGAGGAUUCACACUGGAGAGAAACCUUACAAGUGUUCACACUGUGACAAGAGAUUCAGUCGGUCAGGAAACUUUAAAACACAUGAGAGGAUUCACACUGGAGAGAAACCAUACGCAUGUGAUCAAUGCGGGAAGAGAUUUUUUAGAGAUUCAAUCCUGAAGCAGCACCUGAGAGUUCAUACAAAGGAGAAGCCAUAUUCAUGUCUUUUGUGUGGAAAUAGGUUUUCACAUCAACAAAGUUUGAAAGAACAUGAGAAAUUACAUAAUGUUGUGAGAGAGUACAUGUGCUUUGAGUGUGAGAAGACUUUUACUACAGCGACCAGUUUAAAACAGCAUGAGAUGAUCCACACUGGAGAGAAACCGCACACAUGUGAUCAGUGCGGGAAGAGUUUCACACUAAAAGGAAGUCUUACAUCACACAUAAGAGUUCAUACGGGAGAGAAACCAUUCACUUGUGAUCAGUGCGGGAAGAGUUUCUCACGAUCAGCAAGUCUAAAGGUACACAUGAACAUCCACACUAGAGAGAAGCUGUACACAUGUGAUCAAUGCGGGAAAACAUUUCUGUGGGCUUCAGACCUGAACCAGCACCUCAGAGUUCAUACAAAAGAGAAAACACAUUCAUGUCAUUUGUGUGGAAAGAGUUUUUCAUUAAUACGAAUUUUGAAAGAACAUCAGAAAAUACAUACUGGUGUGAGAGAGUACAUGUGCUUUGAGUGUGAGAAGACUUUUACUACAGCGAGCCAUUUAAAACUGCAUGAAAGGAUUCACACUGGAGAGAAACCUUACAAGUGUUCACACUGUGACCAGAGAUUCAGAGAUUUAGGAAACCUGAAAAAACAUGAGAGGAUCCACACUGGAGAGAAACCUUACAAGUGUUCACAAUGUGACAAGAGAUUCAGUCAGACAGGACACCUGAAAAUACAUGAGAGGAUUCACACUGGAGAGAAACCUUACAAGUGUUCACAAUGUGACAAGAGAUUCAGUCAGUCAGGAAACCUGAAAACACACGAGAGGAUCCACACUGGAAAGAAACCGUACACAUGUGAUCAGUGCGGGAAGAGUUAUGCAAUGAAAGGGAGCUUUACGGGCCACAUGAGAGUUCAUACUGGAGAGAAACCAUUCACUUGUGAUCAGUGCGGACAGAGUUUCAGAAAAUCAUCACUCCUUUAUAGACACAUGAACAUUCACACUGGAGAGAAACCUUACAAGUGUUCACACUGUGACAAGAGAUUCAGUCAGUCAGGACACCUGAAACAACAUGAGAGGAUGCACACUGGAGAGAAACCUUACAAGUGUUCACACUGUGACAAGAGAUUCAGUCAGUCAGGAUAUCUGAAAACACAUGAGAGGAUUCACACUGGAGAGAAACCUUACAAGUGUUCACACUGUGACAAGAGAUUCAGAGAUUCAGGACACCUGAAAAUACAUGAGAGGAUCCACACUGGAGUGAAACCAUAUCUCUGCACUGAAUGUGGGAAGGGUUUCAAUGAUCCAUCUUCUCUACAAAGUCAUAGAAAAAAGAAACACAGUAAAUCAUCUUCAGAUUCAGCACUUUCAGAUCUGAUGAUGCGUCCUCACCAAAUGUGACACAGUAAUGGAUCAAGCAGUGACGAAUAAUCUGGAUAAAUCUAACAUUACAAGUGACAUGACAAAGAAACAAACAGUAUGUAAAGUUUUCACAGUGAAUAAAGUUAAUCUUCAAAACCAGCAGAUUCAACUGAGAUUCUGAUCAAUCAGAGUUCCUCCCCAAAGAUCCCUGUCACAAAGUUUUAUUCUUGUGUAUCAUUUAGCUUCAUAAUAUAAGUGAUAUCAUUGUGCUUUCUUCUGAGUUUCAUAUGAUGUUAAAUUUUUUCAUAUUAUGCUCAAUAUGUUUAAUAAGCAGGAUUGUAAGAAUAAUAACACCAAUGCAACUGAUAACCAUCUAUAAUUUUACGCAAAGUAGAGAGAUCAAGCUCAUUAGUUUUCACUUUUACUUAUCUAAUUUUUGUAUUUGCUGUUUAAAUGCUAUUCAAAUGUAAUUAUAUGUAACUUUUUAUAUUUUUAUAUCAACUUUUAUUGUCUGCAGAUUGUAUUUGAAUCAGGAAAAAAGUAAUUUUAUAAUUUUAGUUUUAUUAUUUUUGAGCGUGGCAUGGUUGUUGGUGCCAGACGGGCCGGUCUUAGUAUCUCACAAUCUGCUCAGUUACUGGGAUUUUCACGCACAACCAUUUCUAGGGUUUACAAAGAAUGGUGUGAAAAGGGAAAACAUCCAGUAUGCGGCAGUCCUGUGGGCGAAAAUGCUUUGUUGAUGCUAGAGGUCAGAGGAGAAUGGGUCGACUGAUUCAAGAUGAUUGAAGAGCAACUUUGACUGAAACAACCGAGGUAUGCAGCAAAGCAUUUGUGAAGCCACAACUUGCACAACCUUGAGGUGGAUGGGGUACAACAGCAGAAGACCCCACCGGGUAACACUCAUCUC